CUGUGCGCACUGUGCGCAUGCAGAGUGGAUGAGUCGGUCCCCCGCAGGCCACAGCUCAGGCUCCGGCUCGGAUCCAGCGCACAGAGCGGGAGCAUGGAUCUCCUCCACUGGUCGUGUCUCUGCGGGGCUCUGCUGCUCGUGUGGGAGACCCCCCGCGUUCAGCCCCUGGCUAUCUUCCCCCCCGCUGCGCAGAAGAGCAGCAAAGUCACGAAGAUCUUUGACGGACAAGAGGCGUCCAAGUAUUUCAAGGAGUUUUACGCGCCGCCGCCGCCGCCGCCGUCCAUCGACAGACACAACAAAGCGACGAACAAAGAUUUGAUCGAGCCUCACGACUACAUGUUGUCUAUUUACAAAACUUUCUCCACGGCGGAGAAACUGGGGCUGAACGCGAGUUUCUUUCGAUCCUCAAAAGCCGCAAACACCAUUGCAAGUUUUGUGGACAGUGGACAAGAUGACCUCCCACUCUCCCCUCUGAGGAGACAGCAGUAUCUGUUCGAUGUCUCAACCCUCUCCGAAAAAGCAGAGGUGCUGGGAGCCGAGCUCAGGAUAUACACCAAAGUGUCUGGGAAUUUCAGGAUAUCCGAGACAGACCCUGUCGACAUCCAGCUCCUCUCCUGCCACGACCAGCAGCUGCUCGACUCCAGAACGCUGGACCUGCAGGAUUCCCACAGGCCGAAAUGGGAGGUGUUGGACGUGUGGGAAAUUUUCAAAGAGCGCCAGCACCUGAGCCCAGGGAAGCCCUUCUGUCUGGAGCUCAGGGCCAUGCUGGACAACCCCGAGAGGGAGCUGGACCUGCACCUUCUGGGUUUGCACAGGCACAGCCGGCCGCAGCAGAAGAAGGCCAUCCUGGUGGUGUUCACCCGGUCGAAGAAGAGGCAGACGCUCUUCAGUGAGAGGAGGGAAGGGAGGGCGCUGCUGGGCCUGGAGAGGAAGGCCAAAGAGAGGGGCUCCGGCAUCAAGGCCAGCAGGAGGAGGAGGACGGCUGCGUCCAAAACCCGCCACGGGAAAAGACACGGAAAAAAGUCAAAAUCCAGGUGCAGCAAGAAGCCGCUGCACGUCAACUUCAGAGAUCUGGGCUGGGACGACUGGAUCAUCGCCCCGCUGGAUUACGAGGCGUAUCACUGCGAGGGAGUUUGUGACUUCCCCCUGCGCUCCCACCUGGAGCCCACCAACCACGCCAUCAUCCAGACUCUGAUGAAUUCAAUGAACCCCAGCAACAUGCCGCCCAGCUGCUGCGCCCCCUCCAAACUCAGCCCCAUCAGCAUCCUUUACAUCGACUCAGGUAACAACGUGGUCUACAAGCAGUACGAGGACAUGGUGGUGGAGUCUUGUGGCUGCAGGUAGUGGAGCCGACGGGCGAUUCACCUUGACCGGUCUCCUGUUCGUCUCCGGUUGGUGGGAAUCGAACGGCAUCACAGUCUGUGCGGUGGCCAGGCCGCACCUGAAAGAAGCAGAACUUAACAACGUGGAGACUCAAAGAAAAACUCGUGAUGCAUCUUUUAAAAACCAGUCGUGCUUAAUACCUCAAACAUUUUGGUUUUUCUUUAUGUUCCUGUCUUAGGAAACACAAAGUCGACUUUUCAAGGAGAAAAGUCUCAAAUAUUUACUGUCCAGAUUUAAA